CUAUAACAAAAUGCUUUUGCUCACAGGCUACACACAAACCCAGAUAGCUGCUGCUCAGUCUAAACAUAUACGAGAGUAGAAUCUCGUCGCACAGGAGGGUCUUUUUUUCCAUUCUUAAAUUUAGGAUAAACUGGUUCACAGUCAUGGUGUUGUGUGUCGUCGUCAUUCUGGGUCCUCUUUGGAUCCACGGUGUGGUUCAAGCCUGCAGCGGAGAGGAGUUACCUAAAGAGGUGGUGGUGUCCUGCUUCAGGGAACGGGUUCUGGAGAGUCUGGGGCUGGAGAAACCCCCCCAGACAAAACCGCGAGGCCUUCGUGGAAGCGGGGCAAACAGUGGGGCAAACUGGGAGACCUGGCACAUGAUCACGAGGGGUCCUGGGUCGAAGCGAGGACUGUUGGAUCAGAAUCAGCCAGUUCCAGAGGAGGAGACAUCUGAAAUGAUUUUGCUGCCAAUUUCAGAUUCCUCCUGUUCCACAGUUGACUUAGUCACAAGAGAAAGCGGCACUUGGCUCACGUUUCCCUUCCAGCCUUCAUCCACGAUCCUGAGCAGCGUGGUCACGUCUGCCCGUUUCUGGUUCUUCAUGGGCGAGGGAUCAUCCACAAACUCAUCCGCAACGCUCUUCCUCCUCACGUCAGCCCAGCAGCUCCGCCAAGCAGCGGGAGCUCCGUCCAGGCCCGGCUCAGAUGGAUGGACCACCUACUUCCUGGAUCAGGAGAUGCUGGUUUCUGUGUCGGAGGGUCCGUUCUGGCUCCGGGUCCUCUGCACAGGCUGUCGGUGUGACGCGAGUGAGCCGGAAAACUCGCCCUUCCUGCACGUUCACGUUCACCGUGGAGGUCACGCGCGUUCGCCCCGCGAAGCAGCGGUCACUGUCCCCUGGUCGCCGUCCGCCAUCUACCGCCUUCAACGGCCGUCUCAGGAGAGGCCGGCGGACGGCGACUGCCAGCGGGGAGGGGUGGAGAUCAGCUUCGAGGAGCUGGGCUGGGACAACUGGAUCGUCCAUCCCAAGACCGUGACCUUCUACUACUGUCACGGGAACUGCUCGGCGGCGGACCGGACCACCGCGAUGCUGGGGAUGUCUCAAUGUUGUGCUCCCGUCCACGGAUCGAUGAGGUCGCUAAAGGUCACCACCACCUCUGACGGAGGCUACUCCUUCAAAUUGGAGACCCUGCCCAACAUUAUACCCGAGGAGUGCGCGUGUAUUUGAACACAUUUAAAAUAACGACACCAAUGCUUAAAGUCCCACUACAAUCAGCUUUUGAUCUUGUUUUCAAAGCGUUUCCAGUACUCUUUUGACCUUUGACCUCUCGUUUUCUAGGCCGGUUUCUGCAGAGCGGUAGUGAUUGUGGGCGGGACCGUCGGCAUACAUCACACAUUAAAAAGCUGAUUUUUUCUAAAUGGAUCCUGGUCUUCGGUUCUGCUGAACUUUGUUGGUUUUUCGAUAUUUUUAAAGUUUUUCCAGUCGGCACACGCUCACUUUGAUAAAUCAAAAGUGGGUUCCAAAGUCAUUUCUGAUUAAGAGAAGCACUAAACGUGAUGGAAUAAUUCAAUCAUUUUUAGCAUUUCAGUGGAAAAAUUGUCAAAUUCAAAUAAAAUAAAAAUAAAAAUCAGAACCUACGAGACAAAAAACCAUGGCUUUAUACUUUUAAAAAUAAAUGUGGUAUGGACUGAAGUGAUGGGAGGAAUUGAGAUAAAAUUGUGGCAAAAAAAAUGAUCAAAGUUGUCAUCUUUGACAUGUCCAAAGCUUAGUUACCAACUUUUCUAAUCAAUGAUCAACAGUCUCAAGGUUGACAGCAUAUUACCCGUUUAGAAAGUUGAUUUAAAUGUAAUCAGAUUACUCUUGAAUCAUUUUACUUCAAACGUUGUGAAAAUUGUAAUAUAAAGUUGGAAAGAGAUGCCCAUAAUUUGGACAUUACAAUGUAAAAGUCAGAUUUUUAAUUUAUUUGUUUUUACUAGUUCAGUUUUCCACUUUUAAUAUUCUUUUGCUUAAGCUUUUGAUGGUUUGGAUUAAUGUUAAAUCAAAAAGGUAAUGCUUUUUAUUCUUAAUUUUUUUAUUAAACAUUUUAUUGUUUAGUCAAUCAUUUGCUGCUAACACUAGUUAAGAAAAACUAGAAGCAAAUUCACUUUAAAAGCCAAGUAAAUAUGGUUCUUGGGUUAAAAACUAAUUAUUGCACACAAGAAAAAGAUUAGUAAAUAAAAUAAAAAGCUGAACAACGUGCAAAAUCCCAAAAUAAAAUUAAAUUCGAGGAGGUAACCC